AUGACGACCGAGAUAAAUCAAAUCAACAAAUACAUCAAAGAAAAAAUUACCACUAACUCUUCACUUUUCAAAACAACUUUUCAUCAACUCAUUAACCAUAGAUAUACGUUAUUGAUGUUUUUCACUAUUUUGAUUAUAGCAGUCAUAUUAGUGGCUGUGAUGGUAAUAUUACCUUAUGCAUCGGGUUUAACAAAAAUUGAAAUCGAUAGAUCUCAUCACCAGUCUCUGAAAAAGUCAUCACAGGAAAGCAAACCUCCACAACAACAGCAACAACAAUAUUACGGAUAUGUUCCACCGGAUGAGAUACAAGAUUUGGACGACCAAGCUAAUCAACAACACCAGUCUUUAAAAGAUAGAGCACAUUUAUUAAAGGAAAGACUUCAAGUUACGGCCGAUGACAUACCGCUUAAAAUCAAACUCAACAAACUUGACAGUGGAAGUACUGCUAGUGGUAAUAGCAGUGGAUUGAGACAUAGAAAAAGAGAGAAAUUGGACCUUGAUAAUAAUCCAAACACUUAUGAUUAUGACAUUGAUGAAUUGAUUGCAGAGGAGAAUGAUUUGGCCAGAAAAGAGCAACAACAAGAAUUCUAUAAAGAUCAAAUAAUCGGUAAAGAAAGAGAAGAAAUGGUUUAA